UAAUCCGAAUACUAAAAUGGAUCUUGAGGACAUUACCGAAGUGCUGUUGCUAUUUGAGCGCAAUUUGAGUAAACUUCAAAACAACAUUAGUGGUUACAAACGUAAAGUAGACGCUAUGCGUCAAACACUCGAGCAAAAUUGGCCGCAUGUAGGACGCUCAGAUAGAAGAAUUUUGACACUUUACGACAGCCUGCUGGGCAGCGUCAGUGAAGUUAACGAGUAUGUAAUGAAAUUAAACUUACACAUUAAGUUAAACCAAUCGACCAUCGAUUUUGAGCACACAGCUGAACAUGAAAAUCAGGAUUUAUGCAGUGUUCAAACAAAGCGCUCCGAAGAUGAUAUUAAUAAUAAUGUGAGCUACGCAGAUAGCUUUCACUCCUCUCCGAGGAGUACGAGAUCAGAAGCAGAGCAAUGUAAAAAUGAAGCUGUGCCGUUAGUUUCGGCCAAAUCAAGCCAAACUGAGUUAAACCAAGAGCUGUCGACAACGCAGCGAAUAGCCACAACAGCUGAGUCCCUGUAUGUGCAACCACAAACAGUAUUGGAGACAUCUAUGCCGCAAGAGAAAGUGCAUGUCAUAUCCGAGAGGAGCAUGCCAAAGCGUCUAACGCGUUUGGUGCCACCUAGUGGUGGUCAACAACUGUCAAGCAAUGAUAUAUAUGAAAAGUUAGUGAAAAACACAUCAUGUUUUGUUAAAGACACUUUUGUUGAGGCUACAGUGGUGUUUCUCAAUAAAUCAGAAGAUUGCAUUUAUGUAGCCAAGUGGGGUAAAGAAAACAUACAGCUGAACAAGUUGCUGGCCAUGCAGCUGCAUCUAAAAGAGCUGCAGCAGUUUCCCAACUUUGGUGAUAUUUUUGCCGUCUAUGAUGCACAAGAGCAGAUUAUACCACGAGUCGUAAUCAAUUCCUACUCAAAAGGCGGCGGAUAUGAUGCCUAUUUAAUUGACUAUGGCGAGCAUAUACACUUGAAUGGCAUGGAGGUUAUUUAUGAGCUAACUGACGAAUUGAAGAAACUGCCAGCGCAGGCUAUUAGAUGCUUUGUAGGUAACUACAACUUAAAUCAUUUGAGUCAAUACGCUUAUCAGAAGGUAUGGCUGCGUGUGAUUGAAAAUACAGCCAACGACUUGGUGGUGGAGCUUCUAAAGGAACCACCGCUACUGCCAGCAGCGGAAACGUCAGCAGACAAAAUGCCAACAGAGACAUGCCAAUUGCAGCAGGCAGCAGAAGCUGAGCACGUUCAAAAAUUAACCCCGGAGCAAGCUGCAUUGCUGGACAACAUUGAACCCUGCACUAGCGAUGCUGUCAAGGCCGUACUUGGAUUUAGGCCUAAGGAUGAUGAACGCAUUUGUCGUCAAUAUGAUCCUAAGAUCAAUGGUUGUUUCAAGGGUGCUAGGUGCAAGCUGCUUCAUGUGCCCCUUGCUGACCAUGACGCUACUAAAGACAUAGAGCCUGUCAAUGCAUUGCCGGAUACCAUUUAUGAAGCGCCAAUUGCCAGUGAAGUGGGCAGCACAGUUCGCCUGCUGGUUACACACAUUCAUACUCCAACGCAUUUGUAUGCACAGCUUGUGGAUGAGAAUAUAAAGACACCGCUUGUGUGGAGCAGCAAAGAUGUGCCCGAGCCGGAGCGUAAAUUUAAACGGCCGCCUAUAGAGCUGGAAAUUGUUUUGGCACUGUACAACGAUGGCUGCUACUAUCGCGCGCAGGUUAUGGAAAAGUUCAAGGAUAAGUUUAAGACUGUUUAUAAAAUUUUUUAUAUUGACUAUGGCAAUACCGAGUAUGUGUCUAUAGAAUCGCUAGCGCCGUGCACUGAUGCCAUCAGUCUGAAGCCGCAGCGUGCUCUGAGCUGUUUCAUUUCUGGUAUUAAAUAUAUUACUUCCUCAAAUCCAUUUAUGAACGCCAACUGCGUGGAGUUUCUUAAGUCAAAGCUGCUCAAUGUUGAGGUAGAUGUGUUGCUGUGUAGUCACACGGCCGAUGGUUAUAUCAUAGAACUUCGAAAGCGUUUUUCCCAAGUGCCUCAGCAGUUGAUUGAGCAUGGCUUUGUCGAGGCCAUUACUGAACCGGAUGAGGACAACCGAAGCAACAUUACGUGCUAA